AUGACGGCUCCCAUAAAAGUUGAAUGGGAAUGGCCAACAGACGCCACGCACUUGCAACAGGAGCCCGCUCUCACUUGAGAUCGGGAGAACGGUUACGCACAAUCCCGAAUCACGUGUGUUCCGAAUCCCUCCUGUUCUAAUUGGUUGAAAACACGAAGCGGGUGAUUCCGUUUCGGUUUUCCCGGUUCAACGUGCAAAAUUUUGUUCUCAGCACACAUUGGCCUUUUUUUUCAUCUACUUGUUCCCCCCAUCCAUUCUCUAGAACAAUGCCUUACUCUCCAGGUGAUGCUAAGAAAGGCGCUUCCCUCUUCAAGACUCGCUGUGCUCAAUGUCACAGCUUGGCAAAGGGUCAGAAUGGGGUCGGACCCAGCUUGAAUGGUCUCCUUGGUCGUAAGACCGGUUCGGUUGAAAACUACGAUUAUUCCAAGCCUAACAUCCAGAAGGGCAUUGUCUGGAGCGAGGAGACUCUCUUUGAGUACCUAGAGAAUCCCAAAAAGUAUAUCCCUGGUACCAAAAUGGCUUUUGCCGGUCUGAAGAAGGAGAAGGACCGUAAUGACCUCAUUACUCACCUUAAGGAAUCGACAUAAAUGCUUCGAUCCGCAUCGUUUAUAAUGGA